UUACUAGGUAAAACGAGAGCACGUGCAUAGUAACUUUUUUAAAUCUAGUUUUUUUGUUCAUACAUUGCACAAUAUUUUUUUUCUCAUAAACCAAACAACGUUUUGUAAACAGAUUGAAUACGAGACAAAAUAAAUUAUGGAAAUUCAAGAAGAGGAAUUAAAUGUAGAAGAGCAAUUAAAUCAAACAGCUGAUCUACCAGAUGAGCAAGAAACUCCAGAAGAACCUGAAAGUGUACCUGUAGCUGAUGAAGAAGCCAAAGAAAAGUUGCUGAAAUUACCUGUGGGAAGAGUUAAAAUUAUUGCUAAAACUGAUCCAGAAGUUAACUUAAUUAAUCAGGAAGCAAUGUUUCUUAUAACUAAAUCAACGGAGUUAUUCAUUGAUUCAAUAGCAAAAGAAGCUUAUAAGUAUACAGUUCAGGCGAGAAAAAAAACAGUUCAAAAAAAGGACUUGCAACAAGCUAUUGAUAAUAUCGAUGCACUUGCAUUUUUAGAAGGAAUGUUGGAACAGUGGACAUAAUUUAUUUAAUAUUAUUUUUAAGUAACCAAAGUAUUUUUAUAAUAAUUCCAAUAAAUAAAAUAAAUUUUUUACUUUUAA